AUAAAAUAGAAGUCGUCGUUCUACCCUUUUCCCCAUUUUUUCAGAAGAGAGAGAAAACGAGAGUUAAAGAGUAGUGAGAGAAACAAACACUAUGUCUGGCGGCAUUGCUCGUGGUCGUCUCGCUGAAGAGAGGAAACAAUGGCGCAAGAAUCACCCCCAUGGUUUUGUGGCGAAGCCAGAUACACAAGCAGACGGUUCGAUGAAUUUGUUGGUUUGGCAAUGCAUCAUCCCUGGCAAAGCUGGGACUGAUUGGGAGAGUGGCUACUAUCCGUUAACGAUGUAUUUCUCUGAAGAGUACCCCAGCAAACCACCCAAGUGCAAGUUUCCUCCAGGUUUCUUCCACCCGAAUGUUUACCCAUCUGGGACGGUUUGCCUGUCCAUUCUGAAUGAAGAUUGCGACUGGAGACCUGCAAUUACAGUGAAGCAGGUUCUUGUUGGUAUUCAGGACUUGUUGGAUCAGCCUAAUGCUGCAGAUCCUGCACAGACUGAAGGUUAUCACCUUUUCAUUCAGGAUACGACAGAAUACAAAAGAAGGGUUCGCCAGCAGGCUAAACAGUACCCAGCAUCCAUUUGACGGGGAAAAUCUCAUACUGAUAGAGGAUAGUUGUUAGUCGUGUGGUAACUCGUAAGGAGUGGGUAAUUGCUAUUCGAGAUAUGUCCUUUUGUCUAAGCGUUAUGUAUAAAUUCUGACUUAUUAUUGUUCAUAUGUAGUGACCCUGGUAGCCCUUAUUUAUUUAUGUACGCCGUUUGGAAUAUUUUGUUUCCCUUAGGUCAAACUCUGAAACCUUUAACUAAGGUAGAUGCUGAUCGGUUGUGUGUGGUUGCCCAUUGAAUUGAAUUCGAGGGUAUCGAAAUCCCUACUUUUGAA